ACUACUGCUGAAUAUCAGCCCCAGCCAUCAUUCAGUCUCUGUUCAGGACGGGUUUCACCACGACAGCAGCACCACGGACACACUGCCGCCAUGGCGAGUAGAGGAGGCCUGACCUGGCUGAUGAUCAUUGUCAUUCUGUGCAAUGCAUUUGCUGCUGCAGCUGGACUGGCGUUAUUUGCUCUGGCUAUCUGGGUGGCAGUGGAUGGAUAUAAGCUCUACCCAAUAUCUGGAGUGUCAGGAAAGGAUGAUAUCUUUGCUGGAGCCUGGAUAGCCAUCUUCACUGGCUUUGCCUAUUUCUGCACCUGCAUCUUUGGCAUCUAUGCUGCUCGGAAACAGAGGCGAUCACUUAUGCUGUCGUAUCUGAUCAUAAUGUUUAUCAUCUUCAUAUUCGAGUGUGCCUCCUGCAUCACAGCUGCCACCAACAGAGACUAUUUGGUGGGUAACAGUAAUGUUGUGAAGAAGCAGAUGCUGCAGUAUUAUGCAGAGGACAGUACCAAAGGACGGGAGAUCACUAAAACAUGGAACAAAGUGAUGCAGGAUGUGGAAUGCUGUGGGACAGACAGCCCACUGGACUGGGUUGAGUAUAACUCCACCUUCAGGCAGCUGUACGGCACCACUUACCCAUGGCCACUCAACUGCUGCAAGCGUCUGAGCAGCUUCGAGGUGGCCGACUCUCAAGGCUGCAUCAUCGGCCAGACCAGCACCAUGUUCACACGGGGUUGCUUCACCCACAUUGAGUCUGUGCUCAGUCGUUACACUUGGGCAGUGAGCUGGUACGGCUUCUCGGUGCAAAUGUUUGUGUUCUUCAUGCUGCUGAUUGCCAUGGUGUACUUCACACAGCUGGGCUGAAGGGAUUAAAGAUCCAUGAAUUAAACUGGAGCUGGAUUUCAUUUAGAAUUGAACUGUUGACAUGGUUUUGGAAUAACGCCGCUGCUUCUGCCUCUGCCCACUCUGCCUUCAUAACGGGACUUUUCCUGCAACACAGACUGUACAGCUCAUGAGAUACAGUAUGAAUGGAUUUUUAGGUUCUGAGCGCUUGUGAUAUUUUGAAUGUUUAGCGUUUUGAUAAACAUGAAAUUUUGCUUUAUUUUAUGGUUUGUAACCAAACAAUAUAAUAUUCUACCCUUUUCUAUUCAACAUGUUUAACCUUUUUUAAAAUAAUCUUUUAAUAACACAGUAAUGAUUUAAUGUAAGGCAUCAUUAUUAAGGCUAUAUGGCACUUUAUAUAAUCAUUUUAUGACAACUGAUAUAAACCAGUAUUAACAUUUGUUAUUUGUUAAUCCAACAAGCAUCCAUCCUUUGUCAUGAGAAGUGACCAAAGCCUUUAAACUAUUUAUAAAAUCACCAGGUAUUGACAUGCACAACAGUGACGAUAUAUAUGUGUCACAUAGCCUUAAGUAUGCUCUCCAAUAAUCAAGCUGCCAUAUCAUAUAUAUUUAAGGCUUUUUUGUCAGAUGAUUUUACAGCUAAAGAUAUGAUCGCACAUUUACUUUUAUAUCAAUCAGAGCUAGUCCUGCUUUUUCUCUAAACUAAUCCAGUGUAUUCUGUCAGUUAUACUCAUGCAUUUGUACUGUUGUAUUAGUAUUAAAUAAACUCACACUCUGAAGUGCCA